UCCUCUGUCACUUCCUGAUUCCUGCUUCCUGCUUUCCAGAGGCCGGGAUCCGGAGCCGCCCGAGGCCGGUACUGCAACCCCCGGCUUCCCCGGUGAGCGCGACAUGUCCUUCCGCAAAGUGGUCCGGCAGAGCAAGUUCCGGCACGUGUUCGGCCAGCCGGUCAAGAAUGACCAGUGCUACGAGGACAUUCGAGUGUCCCGCGUCACCUGGGACAGCACCUUCUGCGCUGUCAACCCAAAGUUCCUAGCAGUGAUUGUGGAGGCCAGCGGUGGGGGUGCCUUCUUGGUGCUCCCACUGGGCAAGACAGGCCGUAUUGACAAGGCCUACCCCACGGUGUGUGGGCACACAGGCCCCGUCCUGGACAUCGACUGGUGUCCCCACAACGAUGAGGUCAUCGCCAGUGGCUCAGAGGACUGUACUGUUAUGGUCUGGCAGAUUCCUGAAAAUGGUCUGACCUUGCCGCUGACAGAGCCGGUGGUGGUGCUGGAGGGACACAUCAAGCGAGUGGGCAUCGUCACCUGGCAUCCGACUGCCCGUAACGUGCUGCUCAGUGCAGGCUGUGACAAUGUGGUGCUCAUCUGGAAUGUGGGUACAGCGGAGGAGCUUUACCGUCUGGACACCCAGCAUCCCGACCUUAUCUACAAUGUCUGCUGGAAUCGCAACGGCAGUCUCUUCUGCUCGGCCUGCAAGGACAAAAGUGUGCGCAUCAUCGACCCCCGCCGGGGCACCCUGGUGGCGGAGAGAGAAAAGGCUCAUGAGGGUGCUCGGCCCAUGCGCGCCAUCUUCCUAGCAGAUGGCAAGGUGUUCACCACAGGCUUCAGCCGCAUGAGCGAGCGGCAGCUGGCACUCUGGGACCCGGGGAACUUGGAAGACCCCAUGGCCCUGCAGGAGUUGGACUCUAGCAAUGGGGCUUUGCUGCCCUUCUACGACCCUGACACCAAUGUGGUCUACGUCUGCGGCAAGGGUGACUCCAGCAUCCGGUACUUUGAGAUCACUGACGAGCCCCCCUACAUCCACUUCCUGAACACAUUCACCAGCAAAGAGCCCCAGAGGGGCAUGGGCAGCAUGCCCAAGAGGGGCCUGGAGGUCAGCAAGUGCGAGAUCGCCCGGUUCUAUAAGCUGCAUGAGCGCAAGUGUGAGCCCAUUGUCAUGACUGUGCCAAGAAAGUCGGACCUCUUCCAGGAUGAUCUGUACCCCGACACAGCUGGGCCGGAGGCAGCCCUGGAGGCAGAGGAGUGGGUGAGUGGCCGCGAUGCUGACCCCAUUCUCAUCUCCCUGCGAGAGGCCUACGUGCCCAGCAAACAGCGGGACCUGAAGGUCAACCGGCGCAAUGUGCUGUCCGACAGCAGGCCUGCUUCCACCCCUGCCCGCCUGGGGGCCCCCAGUCCUGCGGGCUCCACCGCUGUGACCACUGCCAGCGGCAGCCUCUACAGAGCAGAGGAGGCCAGGAAGCUGGACGAGAUAAUGCAGGAGCUACAGAAACUUCGGACGCUCGUCACGGAGCAGAGCGAUCGUAUCAACCGUCUAGAAGCACAGCUCGGCCGCUUGCAGAACGGGGACGCCUAG